CUCUCUCAAUUCUUCGGCAGAGCAAAUCUCUAUCUCUCCCUCCUCCUCCUCCUCUGUUAGGGUUUUCAUUGUCUCUCCGUCUUAUGGCCGGCACCGGAAUCCACCCUUACCACCAGCAGUGGCCGCCGGCAGGUGCGCCUCCUCCUCCCGCCGUAGCCUCAUCAGCUCCUCCACCACAUCCGCCGGCCGUACAUCAUCAUCACCCUCCUCCUCCUGGUUUAGUUGACAACCAUAUCCGUCCUCCUUUUGACGAGCUUCGGACAAUCUUCAUCGCAGGGCUUCCCGAUGAUGUAAAAGAGAGAGAGCUUCUGAAUCUCUUAAGAUGGUUGCCUGGUUACGAGGCUUCUCAGGUGAAUUUCAAGGGAGAAAAGCCCAUGGGUUUUGCUCUUUUCUCCACGGCUCAGUUUGCAAUGGCAGCCAAAGAUACCCUUCAGCAUCUGGUGUUUGAUGCUGACUUAAAGUCUGUGAUACAUACGGAGAUGGCUAAGAAGAAUCUCUUUGUUAAAAGAGGAAUUGUUGGGGAUUCAAAUGCUUAUGAUCAAAGUAAGCGCCUACGAACUGGUGGUGACUGCACACACUCUGUAUAUAGUCCGUCUCCUUUCCACCCUCCACCACCUCCAGUAUGGGGACCACCUCAUGGGUAUAUGGCACCUGCACCUCCACCAUAUGAUCCCUAUGCAGGUUAUCAUGCUCCCCCUGUACCAAUGCCUGCGCCCGCACCUAUAGCAGCUCCUAGUUCAUAUGUGCCCGUCCAGAAUAUUAAGGACAAUCCUCCUUGCAAUACACUAUUUAUUGGUAAUCUGGGGGAGAAUAUUAAUGAAGAAGAAUUGAGGAGUCUGUUGAGCGCGCAACCUGGUUUCAAGCAAAUGAAAGUUCUGAGACAGGAAAGGCAUACAGUUUGCUUUAUUGAAUUCGAGGAUGUGAAUAGUGCCACUAACGUUCACCAUAAUUUGCAAGGUGCUGUCAUUCCAAGUUCUGGUUCAGUUGGCAUGAGGAUCCAGUAUUCCAAGAAUCCAUAUGGGAAAAGGAAGGAAGGCGGCGGCUAUUCGUUUUUUCCUUCUCCGAGCGCAAAUGGAGCUCAAGGAGCCUUGACAUAUCAGUAGGCCUUGAAUGGGGGAUGUACUCUCUUCUUUAUCUUCCAACAAACAAGUGCACGAAUAGGAUGCAUUUUGCAGGCAGUCCGCAUUGCAUCCAUUUCAUUCUCGACAUUUUUUAAGCAUCAGCAUUUGCUUCUUUCUCAUGUGAUGGAUGCAUAUAGUGCGACCUCAUCAACAUUACAUGUUUCAUGUUUCUAUUAGCUUUGCUACAUGCAUUGUCAGUGUGGUUUUUUUAAUUCUGUAGGAGUUGGGUUUUGCCAUUUGUUUGUCUUCUUUCUGCUUCAUUCAACGCAUUACCCUUGUGGGAUUCAUUUUCAUAUCUUUGACCAAGCCAUCCCAAUGAAACUCCAUUUGCUAUAUUAGCUAGGAAAAACCAGAUCAUUACGUUACAUGAUGACAUCCAGAGGUCUUUCAUCAAACUUCAUUUCACUGCAUGGCCUAUCUCUAUCACAUCGAAAACAUAACAUUACAUUCUGUGGAAUGCGGCUGGUCACAUGGUCUAUCACAUCGGUGUCAUUCUUCAGCAUCUCCCAUCUUGAUCAUUCUGUGUUCUUAGGCUGAUGAACAAGCACAUCCCAUUUUGUUAGUUAUUAAAAGUUGAGGAUAGGCACUCCAUGACAUGGUAGGUUUAUACUUGAGGCAAUAUAUAAAUCCAUCCCCAAGUCUGGCUUGGCCUUAUGCAGGGACAAUGAGGUAGGAAACUUUUUACCUGCAAACACUCCUGGCUCGAACCCAUGGCGGGAAGGGCGAUCUCCCUGGGUCCAACUAUUAUGUUCUAGCUAGAGAGAGAUGGGGCCGAUGCUGGGCCUCAGUGAACUACUAUCUUAAUUAACCUGAUGUUUGUUUUGAGUAUUUUCCCUUUAUCUAGUGGAAUACCUCCUCAUGAAAGAACACUGUAUUGAAUCUCUUUCUUAAAUCUCUAUUUUCUCUC